GCUCUGCUUAAAUCACAUCAAAAUCAUUUAUGAGGUUCUCUGGUGCCUAUUUCUUUUCUAUCUCACCUUCAGGGGAAUCAUCAGACACCUCUUUUCUCGUAUUUUUAUUUAUUUAGUCUUUAUAUUUUCACUAACCAUUAAUCAAAAUUCAAAAAAAUAUAUGUCUUUUUAUUUUUGGUUUAUUUAUCAGAUAGGGUCUGAGGAUCAAGAAAGUUCAGGUGAUGUUUCCAAUCAGGUUUCAGAGAUUUUGAAUCAAGAUUUUCUUAUAGUGGUGAUGUUUGUCAAGUGGUUAAGAUUUGGUUCAAGAGUGUUCAUGUUCAAUUAAACGAUAUUGAAUUUUUGAGCAUUUAUUUUGUUCAAGAAUUUAAUUCAAGGUUCAAUAAUCAUUCGAGGAUGGCAAGACUUUUUCAAAGUUCAAAUUUCAAUAAUAUUAUUCAAGACAUUGUUACAAGGAAAAUUGUGAGAUGUUCAUCAUGAUUAAUUCAAGUCUUAUAUCUAAACUUCAAGAUCCAUCAUUCAAGUGCAAUCCGUGGAAUUUCUUUCUAAGAAAGUAAGCUCCAAAUUCUUGAGUUCACAUCAUGUUGCAAGUUCUUUCAAGCUACAAGACUUUAUCUCACAAUUAUCUCACUCUCCAUCAAUACAUGAAAAAGGGAAGAAAAAGAAAGUUAGCAAUAUUUAUUCCAAAAGCAACAAGAACAAAUCUGUUUUAAAUUCUACAAGAUCAGUCCAAUUACAUAAAACAAUUCAAGCCCAAGUGAAAUAUAACACACAAAAAUAUUGCAAAAAACAAGUGGUUAUUAGAUUAAGCUGAAGAAUUUCGUAUGCACUUCAGAGCCAAAUUUCAACAUCUCAUAAAGACUCAUUUUCUCGGCCCAAGAACAUGUUCAAAUAAUAUCUCAAGAAUAUAAAACAAAGCUGAAAAUUGGAAAUAGAGAGGGAUUUUCGGAAUGGGCUUCACAACAGAUUCAACAUUUCAUCAAAAUCACUUCUGAGCCCAAUUUGUUCAUAAAAAACCCUGACUCUGAGCUCUAUAUAAGCAUUGAAUCAACUGACACAAAGGGACUUUUCAGACUGAAAAAUUCAGACUUACUCAGAACAAAAAUCAGAAAUUAAACUCACCUGAACUCCCUCGCCGGAAUCCGCCCCCUAUUCUCACCGGACCACCGCCGGAAAUCGCAACCACCGCACCGGAGUUCCAAAUCGCCACCGUUCUUUGACUUCUUUGCCUCAAAAGAAUCAAGCUGUCUCACCGGUAUAACACCCGAGCUAACUGCAAAAAGAAGAUGGAAGGACUUGAGCAAGAGAACAGAGAGCUACGUGAAGAAGUUGUUACUUUGAGGUCAGGAGUGGAGCGUCUCACCGCUCUCGUUGAGACUUUGAUGGCUGCUCAAAACCAGAAUCAGAAUCAGGUUCCUCCUCCUUUCAAUGCUCAAGCUCAAGGUCAACCGCAAGGUCAGGCUACGAUGAUUUCUGAGAUGGUUUCUACGACAAUUCCUGUGAAUCCGACUGCUGCUGCUACUCAACAACUCAUGCCCAAAGGGUAUCCUUGGGGCAUGCCUGAAGGCUAUUUGUCUGCUCCUGAAAUGACUCGUCCCAUGACUCCUAUCAUGGUCCAUACACGUCCCGUUGUGCACACUGGUCCUUUUGUUCCCGAACCCAUUUAUCAUAACGAUGCACCAAGUGAGAGUGUUGGCAUCUAUGAUAGAAUGGAUGGAUUCCAAGAUCAGUUUGAAGAAUUGCAGAAAGAGAUGAAAGCCCUUCGUGGGAAAGAGUUGUUUGGAAAGAAUGUGCAUGAUCUUUGUCUUGUUCCUAAUGUGAAAGUACCUGCUAAGUUCAAAUUACCUGAAUUUGAGAAGUAUAAGGGAAACUCCUGUCCUCAGGCACAUUUGGUGAUGUACGUAAGAAAGAUGUCCACUCACACUGAUGAUCAACGUCUGUUGAUCCAUUAUUUCCAAGAUAGUUUGACUGGAGCUGCUUCCAAGUGGUAUAUGGGCCUUGAUAGCACCCAUAUCCGCACUUUCAAUGACCUAGCUGAAGCGUUUGUUAAGCAAUACAAGUAUAAUGUGGACAUGGCUCCUGAUCGAGAUCAACUGAGAGCUAUGAUGCAGAAAGAAAAAGAAUCGUUUAAGGAAUAUGCUCAGAGAUGGCGUGAAGUGGCCGCCCAAGUGAUCCCUCCAAUGGAAGAGAAGGAGAUGACUAAGAUUUUCUUGAAGACUCUUGGCCCGUUUUACUAUGAAAGGAUGAUUGCGAGUGCUCCUGUAGAUUUCACUGAAAUGGUGGGUAUGGGUGUCAGACUUGAAGAAGCUGUGAGAGAAGGGCGUUUGGUUCAGGGUGAAAGUUCAUCUGGCAAUGCAAGAAGGUAUGGUUCAUCUUUUCAAAAGAAGAAGGAAUCUGAUGCUAAUGCUGUUUCUCAUGGAAGGAAUAGUCGAUCUGGAAGAGGUGCUCGUUAUCAACCCCAACAAGUGGCGUCAGUAACUCCCUUUGUGAAUUCAACUCCUGUGGCUCCUGUUAAUCAACAGCCAGCAAGACGAAAUUCAUAUCCUCGAGUUAGUUAUGAUCCUAUCCCUAUGACUUACACAGAAUUGUACCCUGCUCUGAUUCAUAAGAAUUUGGUUCAGACAAGGUCACCACCUCCUGUUCCAGAAAAGCUCCCUUGGUGGUACAAAGCCGAUGCUACUUGUGCUUUUCAUCAGAAUGCUCCUGGGCAUAGUUUAGAGGAUUGUUGGCCUCUAAAAGCUGAAGUGCAAAGAUUGGUUCGUUCUGGUAUGCUGUCAUUUCGUGAUGUUGGUCCUAAUGUGAAAAAUAAUCCCCUACCUUCUCAUGAAGCACCUGCUGUGAAUAUGGUGUAUGGAUGUCCUGGAAAAUAUAAGAUUUAUCGUGUGGAACACAUAAGAGGAUCAUUGGUAGAGAUGCACGCCACUUUGUGUGAAUAUAGUCAUUAUGAGCAUAAUCAUGCUGCGUGUAGAAUUUGUUCUGUCAACUCUCGAGGAUGUUACAUUGUGAGAAGAGACUUACAAGAGAUGAUGGAUCAAGGGCUCAUUGAGAUUCUUAGAGACAGAGAUGAAGGUGAUGUCAAUGUGAUUGAGCCGUACUUUGAAAUUCCAGAAUGUGUAGAGGUUGGUUAUUAUGGAAAGGCUGCUGUAGAGCCACUUGUGAUAUGUUUGCCUGGAGCUGUACCUUAUAGUUCUGACAGAGCCGUGCCAUACCGAUACAAUGCUACUAUGCUUGAGGGUGGAAAAGAAGUAGUGAUUAAGCCCCUAUCUUCUGUUGAGAAUAUAGCAGAUGUCAGUGGAAUGACUAGAAGUGGACGAGUUUUCACUCAACCCCAAACAGUUGUGGAUGCCCGAAAGAAGCCCGUUCAAGUACCCGUGACUAUUGGUGAUGAAAAAAGAGUGAAUGAGGGGUCUUCAUCAGGAAAAGAGAUGGAUGAGAUUUUGAAGCUUAUUAAGAUGAGUGAUUACAAGGUUGUGGAUCAGUUGCACCGUACUCCAUACAAGAUUUCCAUAAUGGAAUUGUUGACAAGUUCUCCUGCCCAUAGAGAUUCUCUGAUGAAGAUACUCGAUCAAGCUUUUGUGGACCAUGAUGUGACCUUGGAUCAGUUUAAUGGGGUUGUGGGUAAUAUUACUGCGUGUAACAACUUGAGCUUUAGUGAUGAAGAUUUGCCUGAGGAAGGGAGAAACCAUAAUUUGGCUUUACACAUCUCUGUUAGUUGUAAAGAGGAUUCGAUGUCGAGUGUAUUGAUUGAUACUGGUUCGUCGCUGAAUGUUAUGCCAAAGUCAACUCUUGCUAAGCUAUCUUAUGGAGGCACACCAAUGAGAUAUAGUAAUGUGUUGGUGAAAGCUUUCGAUGGGUCAAAGAAGUCAGUAAUUGGGGAGGUUGAUUUGCCUAUUUGGGUUGGUCCCUUUGUUUUUCAGAUCACUUUUCAGGUAAUGGACAUCUUUCCAGCAUAUAGUUGUUUGUUGGGACGCCCGUGGAUCCACGAAGCUGGGGCAGUUACUUCUACUCUCCACCAGAAGUUAAAAUUUGUGAGGAACGGAAAGUUGGUUGUCGUGAAUGGAGAGCGAGCUUUGUUGAUUAGUCACCUCUCUUCGUUUCGUGCUAUAGAAGCCGAUGAAGCUACCAUUGGGACUGCGUUCCAAGCUCUGUCUGUUGAUAAUGAAUCCAAGAAGAAUAAGGCUUCUAUCGCGUCUUUCAAAGAUGCUCAGCAAGUUGUGCAGAAAGGACCCUCAGGUGUAUGGGGACAAAUGGUGAGUCUUCCAGAGAAUAAGAACCGAGCUGGCUUGGGACUUUCUCUCUCAGGCAAGUCGAUUGUGAAGUCAGAAUCUGCUUUUCGCCCUUAUCAAGAGAUAUUCCGUAGCGCUGGGUUCCUGCAUCCAACUCCUCCAGAGGUAGAUGCCAUUAUUGGAGAUGAGCCAGAGCCAGAGAUGCCAAACUUUGUGACCCAUGGAAAGAUGAUCAAGAAUUGGAUUACUGUGGAUGUCCCUGAAUGUACUCAUGUUUCAAAGUAAUUUGUUUUUA